CUCUGUGUCUCGAAGAUUUAUUUUCGAUUCUCAGAGCUCUGACUUACCUUGGUUGAUCAAACCUCGGAGUGUCAGUCAAAAAAAAAAAAAAAGGAAAAGGAUCGCAAAGCGGACUUUUGCUGUGGACUUAUAAAAGUCAAGCACACUUGCAAAUCGGGUGAUAUUAUUCAUUCAGCCGCACUUGAAUCCAAUUCAAGCAAGCAAAUUUGCACUCUUGUUUCUCCUCUGGUGAUUACUCGUUCAACAUGAAAGCACCGAAAUCCAAGACUAAGGCUCCCAAGGCCGACGACAAAGUUCUUAGCAAGGUCAAGAAUGGAGGCGUGACGAAGCCAUCUACUACACCUAAAGCCAAGAGCAAAGAAAUCGCCAAGAAAGUUGCUUCCAAAGCCGAAAAGAAGCUAGAGAAGAAAAAGAAGGCUCCUACACCGUCGGAAUCUUCAGAAUCCGAUAGCGACGAGGAAAUGAAGAGCGUUAGCUCCAGCAGCGAGAGCGAGAGUGAGAGCGAGAGCGAAGUGAACGUGCCAAAGGCUGCUGCUGACUCCGAAUCUGAAUCGGCAUCUGGAUCCGAAUCCGAGUCUGAAUCCUCGGAAAGUUCGUCGGAGGAGGAUGAGAAGCCUAUCCAGAAAAGCGGAAUGGCAAAGGUCGCAGAAAGCGAAAGCGAAAGCGAGAGUGAAAGUGAAAGCGAAGAAGAAUCGGAGUCUGAAGAAGAACAGAAGGUUGCCAAGAAAAAUGUAAAAGCAAGCCCAAGUGAAUCGGAGUCGGAUUCUGCCUCUCAGUCCGAAUCUGAAUCCGAAUCCGAGUCUGAGGAAGCUCCAGCUAAAGCCAAGAAAGCUACUAAGGAGGAAUCCGCCUCGGAAGAAUCUGAAGAAGAGUCUGAGGAAGAAAGUGGCAGCGAGGAAGAGUCAUCCGAAGAGUCCUCCAGCGAGGAAGCAGAGGAGCCAGCCAAGACUCAAAAACGCAAAGCUGAAUCCGACGAGACCCCAGUAGCGAAGAAGGUUAAGAAGGAGACCGCCGAUGAAGCCUCUGCCGAGAGCUCCAACCUCUUUGUCGGCAACCUGUCAUGGAAUGUCGACGAGGAAUGGCUGCGUUCCGAAUUUGAAAGUUUUGGCGAGCUUUCCGGUGUCCGCAUCGUCACCGACCGUGAUUCUGGGCGUUCCAGAGGAUUUGGUUAUGUUGAGUUCACCAAUGCUGAAGAUGCAUCCAAAGCCUUUAAGGCCAAGAAAGACGCGGAAAUCGAUGGACGCACGAUCAACCUCGAUUUCGCCAACGCUCGUCAGAAUGCUGGCGGAGCCAGGGACCGUGCCCAGUCGCGCGCUAAGAGCUUUGGUGAUCAGACCAGCCCGGAGAGUGAUACGCUGUUCAUUGGUAACAUCUCAUUCAACGCUGACGAGAACGCUGUCCAAGAGACAUUCUCGUCUCAUGGCUCCAUCCUCGGGAUCCGUUUGCCAACCGACCCCGAGUCUGGUCGUCCAAAGGGAUUCGGAUAUGUUCAGUUCUCCUCAGUGGAUGAGGCCCGUUCUGCCUUCAACGCCCUGCAGGGCACCGAGCUCGCUGGCCGUGCCAUGCGCUUGGACUUUAGCACCCCACGACAGAACUCUGGUGGCAGCUUCGGUGGCCGCGGCGGCCGUGGAGGCCGUGGCGGUGGCAGGGGCGGUGCCCGGGGUGGUGGACGUGGUGGACGCGGUGGUUUUGCAAGCCGGGGAGGGUUUGGAGAUUUCUCAGGGAAGAAAACUACCUUCUAGGCCACUCUGUUCGACCAAAGGGUGAAAUGGUGAAUCCCAUACUACUUUUCAGGUAAUGUAUCAGUAUGCUUGUUGUUUCGUUGGGCUACUAAAAAGUGUUCGGUUUUCUUCUCUUUGUCUAAUUUACAAUAUGCUCGUGUUGCUACUCCGGAAAUAUUAAUAGGACAGUAUGUUUGUAUGUACAAUCAAAAGAAGGGGAG